AUGGACUGGAAUUUUUUGUCUUACCAAGGAAAGCCAAAUUUCUUCGGCCGUGAUUUUCUCAGUAUUUGGGUGUCUGAUGAGGGUUUUACAGAUAAUUGCUACACUCCCCCGCUUGCACAAGAGCUAGUGUUGGACAUUCGUGUCGUUGGAAUCAAUGACCCACCAGUUAUAUCUGCGACAAACCAAGUCUUGGUCUAUGACAAGGGCCGUAGAUGCUAUUCUGACUUCAUGCUCUUUCCUGUCAAUCCGGAUGGAAUGUCCACUAAUUGCGUCAAUGCCAGUUCAAGCUUGGUUCCUCCCCGAAUCUUUGGGAGCAGUGUGUACAUCACUGAUGUGGAUAUGAACUACUUGUCAUACGCUAAUAUGACGCUAACGCUGAAGAUCGGAGACAAUCCUGCACUGCACCAGAACGCUGGCCAAUUUUUCUUCCCUGAAGUUACAAUCACGGCAAACAAUUGGUAUGAAAUGUACAGGGACUCGACAGGCAUUCUGACCAUGGUCAUACAAGGCAAGAUGGAGAGCAUAAAUCAACUCCUUGCGGAAAUGAGAUAUGAUGCCAGUCCUUCUUUUCAAGGAUAUGUUCCAUUCCAAAUCAUCGCAGACGAUAUGAAAAACUAUGGAGAAUGUAGUGGUAACCAUAUUUGCGGUGCAGAUUUUCCAUGUAUCAAUCACAACUUGGCUGGGAGCCACGUUCCAGUCUUGGUUGGUUUGACAACGACAGUACUUGAUGCAACUGUGGUGACACCGGGGAGUUGUGUAUCUACCACCUGUCGUGCUUGUAAUCAAGAGCCCGGUUGUGGUUGGUGUCCAAGCAUCUGUUCGUUCCAGGGAGGAAAGUGCAUUGCCCGAUCGAAUUCCGGUCCUAAGUUCGAAUCUUGCCCUGUAGAUCCUGUCACAGGACGCAAAUUUAUGGAGUGUCAGUGGAUUCGAAAGAGACAUGGAUCCUUCAUGCAGUACAUUCGUCGGAAGCAAGCUGAUCUACAAAGAGCUGCAUUCAUGUUGAUCUAUGAACCGCAAUUACGAUGCCAGUUUGACCAGAGCUUCACACUCGACAGAGCUUCAUCCUUGUACCUUUCUAUGGAUAACUGCAUGGUUCGAUUCAUCCCUUCAUACAAUCAACCUUACCCUGACAAUCAGUUGACGUCGUUGAAGGUCCAAAUAGCUCUGACCAAGGAUCCGCUGAUAAAACUUGCGACCGACAAUUGCAACUACAAUUCAACGAUUUCGAUUUCAAACGAAAGGGAGAUUUCCAAGAGAUACUCGAACUACAUCUGCAAUAUGCAGAUCAUUGUGCCGAAUAGGUUUGUCCUACCACAGACUACGAUUUAUGCCAAUGGACAGAACGUAACAAAGGUGAGAGCAGGUCCCAUGGACCAGGACACCCAAAAUUUCGGCCUUGAUUUUGGACCUAACACGUUCAGUCUGGUUGGCAAUUACUUAGAAGCGAGGGUGCAGAACUUAAGUUGUAAGUCGCUCGUCUACUCAGUUACUCAUGGGUCUCUCCUUGGUGUUGAUGUUCGAGCGACACAAGGAUCUUUCUCAAGCGAUGAUGCGGAUUUAAUCCUUACAUCACAAGUGAUGACUUCGGUGCAAUUCUGGCAAAAGUCUUCGAAUGCGGUAUGUUUGUCGGCAGCUAAUGGAUCACUCUACGUUGACAACUCCUGUAAACGAGUUUGCAAAUACAGGAAUCUUGCAGAGAACAUUCAGCCGGUCAUCCCGAACAGACGGAGGUUACUUGGCUCUUUCUCAAGUUUGCCAUGGAUAUGUUCACCUCUGGCGAAUGGAACGCUAAAUUGCACGCAUUACGAUCCUGUUGCAGCAGCAAUCGCUGACGAAUGUCCUGUCGGAGCGAUGUACAAAUUCAAGUCCCAGGUUCCACAAAUUCCAGGCUGCUAUGACUUGCAAACAUGUACGCUGAAUCAAUCCGCACAAUGCCUGUGCAAGCCUGAAUGCGAUAUGAAAAAUCUCAACCCACCUGGUCUUUGCGACACAUCUGGACGGUGCUGUCAAACUGUGUGUGGUGGUUACUCAGGUGCUGACAUGUUUCCGAAUGAAAACAUGCCGCGGUGUGGCAUCCUUGUGGACAAGGUCAAGUACCCCUACUGCAACGGUACUCUGACUCAACAAUGGAAAUUCACCUCCAACUCUGGUCAAAUAGCAGUGACAGUCUCGGCGAACUCUACGGGGAGCAACAACACGGUCUCUUCAUAUCAGGGCUCGCAGCCUUCCCCAACGCUGCCGGUGACGAUUGACAUCCCAACCUCGGACAAGAAGACUCUCAACCAGCUCUUCCACCCUGGUGGGUCUGUCGUUCCCAACUACGACCGGUUUCAAUUUCAAAUGUCUGGUCCAGGUGCGCCAGAACCCUCUGUUGGAAUAUUCGUGUGGUUGUCAAACGUAAGGUAUCUGGCAAUUCCAAGUUGGAUAUACAGCCUGCUGUCCCUGAACCUCCUCACUCCUACAACCGGCUCCGUGCUCCUUCAUCUCUCCCCAGCAUUUUGUCCAGCAUUCGUCUCUAGCACCAGCGAAGCGUUUUAUUCUAGAUUGGUCCAGAUCGAGAAGCUUUUGGUUUCAACGUUACAAACAUAUCCAGCUUCAUCAUCAUCAAAACCGCUUCCUGUGAGCAGCCUGAUCAUGUUCCACCGAGUAGGCGCCCACCCCAUUCUAUUUGCGACUGAUCCAAACACAAACGUUGCAAGUGCAAAAGAAGUCAAGCCACUUGACUACAACCUCAUCAUUUCGAUUGUCCUUAUCGCUGUCAUUUUCCCUGCGGUGGUGUCUUUUAUUGCAGCACUGCUAGCUUUUCGAUUUGGAUCCAAGUAUCUCAAAGAUUUUCGGUCGCUCAAGGUCAAGGAAGAGUACAUGAUCUCAAAUGUGAAACAAUUGUUCAUCGGCAUCGAAGAGUAUUUUGACGAAGGGUUGAUUGAAUACAAGAUGAAAUACGAAGAGAUGGUGGGAAGGAGCAAUUGGUUCUACAUGUUUGAGACCUUCGUGUGGGGAGCAGAUGCGCAGAGAUCUUUGCUGGCAGAGUUAUGGAUUGUGUUUGUUGAAAUCUUGGCCUUCAUGCUGCCAGCCAUCCUUAUCUACGUUGUCGCUGAAAUGACCUCCGCGGAAUAUCUCGCGUUCAGGUGCGACCUGAGGGCAGACUACUGUAAUUGCAUGGGAGAGAAAGACUCCAUCCUGUACGCGUUCAUCGCUGUAGAGUACAUCGCCAUCUCCUACGUUUGCAUCGGAUUUCUUGAGCUGGUCUUGUAUUACCUCAGUCUCCCAUUCGAUUCAUUCCGAAAGUUAAUCAGAUAUGUAUUUUACUCUCUACUGUUUUUCAUGGGCUGGUUUGUUCUCUCAGUGUUUUCUAUGGUGGUUCUCUUCAUAUUUCUAGGAGUUUUGUUCAAACCUGCCUUUGUUAUCCCGUAUGGCAUCGCCAUUGUUGGCACAUUCUCAGCCUCGGCUUCCUUGCAUGCCAAGCUCAUGAAACUUCGGAUCAGAGUGCAAACAGGGAUUAUCAAGAAGGUCGAGCUGGAACGAAAGAAGCUCAACAACAUUCCUCCUGCUCUUUCGGAGCUUCUCAUCAGAAAGAACUUUGAACAGGCGCUUCAUGACAAUGGUCUCUCGAUAUCAAGGAUAACUCUCACAGUAUUUGGAUUUGUGUGCUUGAUUGCAAGCAUUUACGCUUUCGUGUUCAUCGGCUUUAAUGCCUUCACAUCUCCAGGAGAUGUCAUCGCAAGCUACGUCAACAGCGCGAUCUCGAUCGGAAUCUCAUUAGUCACUCAGCAAGUCCUUGCAAGCGAGGGUGAGGAGGAAGACGUCCGGAACAAGGUAGAUGACGUGCAGGACAAGAUCAUGAAAUCGCUCAAGGGUGUGCUAAGGAUGGUGUCGAAACAGAUCCACCUCGCCAUGAAGCUGUACACGAGAUUGAAGGUCUCAGGGAAUCUGGAAGUAGCCAAGGCCGAGUGA